CACCAGCCCGCGCGGACGCGACCCCCGCAAGGCCCAUGGCCACUGAGGCUCCUCUGACUUUCAAUCAAACAGUCCGUGGUAUAGCCGAGCUUAUCGAGGUUGCUAUUCACGCCAUCCUCUACGUGAGGCAAAUAUACCCUGCCGACCUUUUUGUAAGGCGAAAGAAGUUCAACACACCGGUCUUCCAAUCACGCCACCCUGCACUCAACGAGUACAUUUCCGGUGCCGUAAAGGCCGUUGCUGAGGAGCUUAUUCUGGGAAAUGUUGACAAAGUCAUCGUCCUGGUGAAAAGUAAGGAUGAAGUGCCUCUUGAGCGCUUCAUAUUCGCAGUGCGCAACAUGAUUCACGUUGAAUCGUACAAUAAGGACACCAGUGUCGAGGAUGCCAUCACACCGAGUUCUCUUGGACAGUACUUUCGCUCUUUCCUCGUCAAGCUUAACAUGAUCGAAGCUCAACUUGGCCAGCUCCAAGCAGGCGACGACCUCUCGUUCGCAAUCGUCAUCGAGCUAAUAGACGAUAAGGCUCCCGCCGCUUCUCAUGACGGGGACCCGCCGCCCUGGGUGCCGGCCUCUACCGAGCACACAACGUCAGGUGCAUCCGAGAAUGCAGAGCUGCAUAUGAUCCGUGCGGUUGACACUGGUAUCAUCAACUUGUCAUUGGCUGUGCAAGAGUCGGAAGAGAAGCUCAAGAUGAUUGAAGAAGUUGAGGACCCGAAGGGCAAGCGGCGUGCGUCAUGAGCGUCUGAACCCCUCUCGAAACUUCCCUGUGCUGGUCUCGUACCCAGACCUCUUUUCUGCGGUGGCAGAGUGCGAGUAAAGAGUUCCAAGUACGAGAACACCCCGUGCUUAUACCCUCGACGUAGUAGUACCACACUGUAUCUAUAAGGAUUUGAACGCGGUAAUGAACAGAGAACUCGCAGUCUGGAC